AUGUCUCAACACCACCACGUGUUUAAGUACAUCAUCAUUGGUGACAGUGGUGUGGGGAAGAGCUGUCUUUUGCUGCAGUUCACGGACAAGCGUUUUGAACCACUGCACGACUUGACAAUUGGGGUGGAGUUUGGCGCGCGAGUGGUGACGAUUGAGCAAAAGAACGUGAAGCUGCAGAUUUGGGACACCGCCGGGCAGGAGAGUUUUCGCAGCAUCACGCGGAGUUACUACCGUGGCGCUUGUGGCGCGCUACUUGUGUACGACGUCACGCGUCGCGAGACGUUUACGCACCUUCAGACGUGGCUGGAAGAUGCGAGGGCGAACGCCAACACCGCCAUUGUUAUUAUGCUGAUCGGGAACAAGUGCGACUUAGAGGCGAAGCGGCAGGUGUCGCGGGAGGAGGGGGAGAACUUUGCCAGGCGGAACAACCUGGUGUUCAUGGAGACCAGCGCCAAGACGGCGCAGAAUGUGGAUGACGCCUUCAUGAAGACUGCCACAAUGAUCUACGAAAACGUGCAAAAAGGCGAGUUGGACCCCGCCGUGGUGUCGGGCAGGCAGGCGCCUGCGCUCGCCGCCGCCGCCCCAGGGACGCGGGGCGGCGGCUCCGAGGGGUGCGCCUGCUGA